UGGUCAAGUUCAUCGAGCAACUCAUUUAGAAACUUGAGUCCUGUAAGUGACUGACGCUUUUGUGAAUUGCGUCGAACUGGAAUAGGUUCCUGGACGGAGGUUGCCUGGUCAUCGAGCGUACCCAUAGUGUUGAUAGAAAGUCCUGAAGGGUUCAUCCUUGAAUGAUGAUUAGGAAAGUAGGAAUGGCGUGUCCUUUGUCAAGAAGUUUUUUAUCAUAUUCCUCGUUCGUGGCUUUGGUUUCGCUGGCAAGAGCCAGUAGAGCAUUUCGGUCCUUUUGAGCAACGCCCAAAUCUGAAAGCGUCCAUCGUUCUUUACCCGCAUCUGUCCAUUGCAUCGUUUACAUAGUCCAUCGGCCUCUUUAUUGUUAUUAUCCUUAAUAAUUCUUUUCCAUCUAUUAAAUCGUCAAUUCAUUUUGUUAUCAUCAUUCCGAAUUCAACUACCAUCAUCAUCAUCAUCACCAUUAUCGCUUUGUUUGCCAUACCAUGUCUGACGCUAAGUUUUUCCAGCGAGGCAAGAUUCAGGAGCUGCGCCAGGAACUUAAUUCCGAUAAAAAGGAUAGAAAUUAUACUCGCAAGAAGGCAACUCUGAAAAAGAUUGUGGCGAACAUGACCAUGGGCAACGACAUGUCUUCACUCUACCCUGAUGUAAUUGCUUGUAUGGCCAUUCCUGUUCUCGAAGUGAAAAAGAUGGUUUACCUCUUCUUGAUUAAUUAUGCCAAAGGAAAACCCGAGAUGGCCCUUGAUGCCAUUAACACUUUUCGUCGGGAUGUGGAAGAUGCCAAUCCAUUAAUAAGAGCCUUAGCUAUCCGUACCAUGGGCUAUAUCCAUGUUGACAAGGUCACUGCUUGUCUGAUUCAACCCCUUCGUCAUUGUAUGCGUGAUCAAGAUCCAUAUGUUCGGAAAACCGCUGCAGUGUGCGUUGCAAAACUUUUUAUGCAGGAUCGCCACCUUGUAGAGAACGCCGGAUUUAUCGAUCUCUUGCGUGAUAUGCUUGUUGACUCGAACCCUUCGGUCGUAGCUAAUGCAGUUGCAGCACUAACAGAAAUCUCAGAGAGAUCAGAUCACAUCCAACUGAAGCUCAAUAUGUCGAUUGCAAGCAAGUUAGUAACAGCCUUGAACGAAUGCUCUGAGUGGGGACAGACUUAUAUUUUAGAAUCUCUCAUGUUUGUGGUACCUCAGGAACCUGGGGAUGCUGAGAUGCUAGCUGAGCGUAUUGCUCCUCGUCUUCAGCACGCUAACUCAGCGGUUGUCUUGACUGCUGUCAAAGUUAUUGUGUACCUUAUGAAUUACAUGGCAAAAGACGACGAUAUCUCCAACAUGUGCAAGAAGCUCUCACCACCUCUUGUGACUUUGUUAUCCAGUGGUCCAGAGGUUCAAUACGUAGCUUUGCGUAACAUAUUGCUAGUUAUUCAAAAACAUCCAGAGAUCCUUAAGAACGACAUCAAGAUAUUUUUCUGCAAAUACAACGAUCCCAUUUAUGUUAAGAUGGCGAAACUGGAAAUUAUGUUCCGACUCGCCAAUGAACAUAACGUUGAGCAAGUUUUAUCAGAGCUUAAAGAGUAUGCGACAGAAGUUGAUGUGGAUUUUGUCAGGAAGGCUGUUCGAUCCAUAGGACGGUUGGCAGUUAAGAUUGAGUCCACUGCCCAGAAGUGCGUGCAGGCAUUACUAGAGCUUAUUCAGACCAAAGUCAACUAUGUAGUCCAGGAAUCAAUCGUAGUGAUCAAGGAUAUCUUUAGGAAAUAUCCCAACCAAUACGAGAGCAUUAUUGGUAUAUUGUGUGAGAAUUUAGACAAUCUGGAUGAGCCAGAGGCUAAAGCAGCUAUGAUUUGGAUUAUUGGUCAGUAUGCAGAUCGUAUCGAGAAUUCAGACGAGCUUUUGGAUGACUUUCUAUAUACCUUCCUUGAAGAAACUGUAGAAGUUCAAUUAGCACUGCUUACAGCAACCGUCAAAUUGUUUAUCAAGCGACCGGCAGCAGGACAGGACCUUGUGCCUAAGGUAUUGAAGUGGGCUACUGAAGAAGUCGAUAAUCCUGACCUUAGGGACCGUGGCUAUAUCUAUUGGCGCCUGUUGUCGACGGAUGUUGCAGCAGCGAAGGCUGUUGUACUGUCAGAGAAACCUCAUAUCUCGACAGAGACUGACAAUAUGGAUCCAGUGUUAUUAGAGGAGCUCCUUCUCCACAUUGCCUCGCUGUCUGCAAUAUACCAUAAAGCCCCCACUACAUUCAUUCCCCACUGCAAACCUAGGUUUCUUAUCCCUUCGCCCACUCUGAGGAGACAAAAUUAUGGAAGAGGGACUUUAAUUCAUAGGGACUCAUAUGAACAUAUGUACACCAAUAAUGGCAAUAACAAUGAGUACGUAGCAGCAGCGCCAAAACAUCAACGUUUGUCUUACCACGAGCAGUCAUUUGAGCAAGUGGCAGAGGCUUCGAUCGGGAAUCAAGAGUAUUACGAACAAAAAAUCAAUGCAGAGAACCCCUAUAGAACAGACACCACAGCAGCAGUUGGCUCGGGGAAUAAGAAUACCGAGGUUGACUUGAUGUCCUUUGACUUGUAAAAAGUGGAUUGGAUGAAAUAUUACAAAAAUAAACGCGUUGUUUGCUAUCAGGUUAU